AUGAAGACAACGAGGGCCGAACGACACCGAUUCAUCGCCUCCUCCUUCUUCUUCGUCUUGUUCCUCUGCGUCUUAGCUUCCAUCAACGAAGUCCGUUUCGACAAUCUAUUGCGGAUCGGCAGGUGCGCCCUCUCGUCCCCCUCCCUUGGCGACGGCGGCGCCGCCGAAUCCCACGACACGAUCUCCUCCUCCGAAACCCCAUACGAGGCGGCGAGCACGACCUCCGGCGACCUCCGAAUCCUGAUCGGAAUCCUGACGCUGCCGGAUCAGUACCAGCGCCGCCACUUCCUCCGCCUCGUGUACGGCACCCAAUCAGCGGCGGGAGCCCAGGUGGACGUGAAGUUCGUGUUCUGCAACCUCACCAAAGAGGACCAGAAGGUGCUGGUGGCCCUGGAGAUCAUGCGCUUCGACGACGUCAUCAUCCUGGACUGCAAGGAGAACAUGAACAAGGGGAAGACGUACACCUACUUCUCGAGCUUGCCGGAGAUCUUCAACGACCACGGCCGGUACCCUCCGUACCAUUACGUGAUGAAGGCGGACGACGACACGUACGUGAGGUUGGAGAAUCUGGUGAAGUCGCUGAGGAGCCUUCCGAGAGAAGACUUGUACUACGGGUACGUGAUCCCUUGCCCCAGCAUGGACCCCUUUGUUCAAUACAUGUCCGGAAUGGGGUACUUGAUAUCUUGGGAUAUAGUGGAGUGGAUCAGGGUCUCUGAGAUCCCCAAGAAGCGUUUGGAAGGGCCGGAGGAUAAGGUCUUCGGGGAAUGGAUUCGAGAGGGCCGUCGCGCCAAGAACAGGUAUAACGCCAAGUGGUCCAUGUACAACUUCCCCGACCCGCCCACCCAAUGCACCCACCACCUCUGGCCCGACACCGUCGCCGUUCACCUUCUCAAGAAGCAGGACAAGUGGAUCCGUACGUUGAGUUAUUUUAAUGUCACUAAAAAUCUUAAACCUUCUAAACUCUACCGAAUACCCCAACCCCAACCGUAGCCCGUAGCUCAUUUGAAUUUUAUUCAUGCAAGCAUUAAUUACAAAUACUCCGUUAAAAAAAAGUGGAAUUAAUUUAUACCGGAUCAAGAUGGAGCGAUCCUCCUCCAUCACCA